AUGGCAACUCCAAUCCAGCUCCCCAUCAUCGACAUCUCCGAUCCCCUCAACCCGGCCAUUGGGAAGGACAUGCUCGAUGCCGCCAUCAAAUAUGGAUUUUUCUAUGUUCACGGUAAAGGAAGUGAUUUUUCAGCGGCCGAGGUCGAUUCUUCCUUCGAUCUAUCCAAGAAAUUCUUUGCGUUGCCCAACGAGGAAAAGGAAAAGUGCCGUAUAAGGACGGAUAAUCGAGGAUGGUCCGGAAUGCAUUCUGAGAUUUUAGAUCCGGAGCAUCAAAGGACUGGCGACUUCAAAGAAGCCCUCAACUUUGGCGAGUUCAAAGACGGCAAACUCCAACAACCACUCCCCCCAGCCCUGGAGCCCCAUGAAGGCGAUAUCCAGCACUUCACGAAUUUAUGCAACAAAACAGCUGCACGCGUAAUGCGUCUCCUCGCGCUCGGACUGGAGAUUGAUCCCGAGUUCUUCGUAACCCGACACGACGCCACUCGCGGCUCAACAGGCUGCAUCCUCCGCUUCCUGUACUAUCCAUCCAUCAACUCCCCAGCCUCCUCCAGCUACCAACACGACAUCGACGUGCGCGCCGGUGCACACUCCGACUACGGCACAAUCACUCUCCUAUUCCAACGACCCGGUCAACCAGGUCUCGAGAUCCUCACCGCAGACGAGAAAUGGGCACCCGUUCCCAUCUGGCCCGACGCCUCAAAGACUCUGAAUAAAGACGAUUUCCCGCCCAUUCUAAUCAAUAUAGGCGACAUGCUCAGUUUCUGGACUAAUGGGCUACUCAAAUCGACUAUUCACCGCGUCGUGUUCCCGCUUGCUGAGCGGUCCCCAUCGGCUUCUGCAGAUGAGAAGCCCGUGGAUAGAUUGGUUGCUGCGGCCGGCGAAGAGGCGAGUAGAGUUGGGUUUGGGGGUGGUGCUGGCUCACUCAAGGAGAGGAGCUCGAUGACGGCAAAGGAGUAUUUGGAUUUGAGGUUGUCGGCUACCUAUGGGCAGCGUGAGGAGGUAUAA